UCUUAAGCUUGAAGGACCAGUCUCAUCUGCUGAUGAUUAAGGAAAGGCUGGCAUCAAAAUGGAUAAAAUGGAUAAACAUCUAAAUAUCGAAUUCAGCCAAUCGCAGCCAUGGGACACCUGCAGAAAAGUUCCAGUCAUUCAAAAUGAAAAGAAGCCAAAACCUGCUGCCCGUUGUUUAAAAUGGUUCUCUUGUAUUAUUGUUACCAUACUUGUCUUCGCUCUUGCACUUCUCAGUAAAACAACAUUUCUGCUUUUGAUAACUUUUGGGAACAAAAAUUCUACAUUUGUAGAGCACAAUGUGACUGGUCUUUUAGGCAUUGGCUUUGUUUUGGUUGCACCAUAUGUUCUUCUUCUGAUUAAGAGCAUGUGGAAAAUCUUCUUCAAGGCUGCAAUAGUACCUUCUAAAAAAGUUUUGUGGGUGCUUGCUGUCGAAUUCGUGAUAGCAUUAGGAGCUGCAGUCUUAGCAGUCGUGGCCAUGCCACACUUUGACAUUGUCACUAAUGUGAUGAUACUGAACUGUGUGAGCAUCCUGUCUGCAGUCUUCCAAGUGGUCGCUCAGUGCUUUAACGAAGGCAAGAAGAGCUUUAUAAUAAUACCAGCGUGCUCCAUUGUCCUCAUCGUCGUGGGUUACGUCCUUUUUGCAAUCAGUUAUCUUGCAUCAGAUGCAAGCUCUCUUGAGUUGAAAAUAUCAGUCGGCCUUGCCAUCGGGGGAUCCAUCAUCGUUUCUCUGAGCUGGUGGGAGAACUACAGUUCGCUCUUUAACAUUUCCUUUCUAAAAUCCAUUUUUAAAGAAAUUGAAAGAGAGAAAUGCCGUAACGUGGUCGCCCUCUUCUCCAGUUUGAUAAGAAUUGUGGUUACUGCAGCUGUGCUUGGAGCGUAUGUUCCUCUAUCAGGACAGGACUGGAAGACAGCAGUGUUUCUUUUUAAAACACCCACGGUUGGAUUGCUAGUGGCUACCCAGAUUGCAUCCUCUGCCCUGUGUCACUGGUUUGUGGUCGUCGCUUGCAAGAUGCAUUUCCUGCGGCGCAGCUUCAUCAUGCCCAUGUACCUUGUGUCAUUCGCAGUUUUGAUCGUGUUUUUUGUUCCAGUUGUUUUCAUGCCUAUGGGGCUUGCAAAACCAAAUUCUACCUAUUGUGAAAAGGUUCAGUGGACUAAUGAUGACAAAUGGGUGAGCUUGAUGAUAUUGGACGUUGUAAGAACUGUGUGUUCCCGGGACAUUGUGGUGACCAUGAAUACAGGCAGACUGGCAUGCAUGGGCAGCUCUGCUCUGUGCUGGUGGUUGGGACUCAUUCUCAGUACAAUUUAUGUCUGGUACCUGAAGAUCCACAGAAUAGAAAGGACAAGAGAUUUGUUUGUGAGACGCAUGUAUGACGGGACAUUUCUGGAACAGUCCAUGUUGCUGAACACACGUUUUGAGGUCAAAAAGAAAAUAAAGCAGGAAAGAUCACAGGAAACCAUCAAAGUGUUUUUGUGUGGAACAAUGUGGCAUGAGACCUAUGAGGAAAUGAUGAAGUUAAUCAUCUCUAUAUUCAGGCUUGACAAAUACAAACCAAAAACAGAUAAACAAAGCGAUGUGGAGUUUGAAUUCCACAUGCUUUUUGAUGACGCUUUCAAGGACGUUAAUAAUACACGGCAUGCAAAUGAAUACGCUGAAACCCUGGUGGACGUAGUCAAAGAAGUCUACACCAUUUUCAGUGAAGAGGAAAAAUGUGUGUUCAAGCAGAGGCCACCACUUCCUCCUCAAAAAAUCAUAGAAACUCCAUACGGUGGUCGGCUGGAAUACACGCUCCCUAAAGGCAACUUGUUGACGGUUCACCUCAAAGACAAGAAGAAGAUCCGUCACAAGAAAAGAUGGUCUCAGAUAAUGUACCUGUACUACCUUCUUGGCUGGAGGCUUAAUGGAAAAUACUACAAAAUGUUUGAAGAAGGUGGAGAAUUAAAAUGCCUUGAAAAACAGUUUAAGAAAGAAAAGGAGAACACAUACAUUUUGGCUGUGGAUGGUGAUACUGAUUUCCAGCCAUCUGCACUGAUGCUAUUAAUCGACAGACUGAGACUCUACCCUGAGGUUGGAGCUGCCUGUGGCAGGAUUCAUCCGACAGGCUCAGGGCCCAUGGUGUGGUAUCAGAAGUUUGAAUACGCUGUAGGCCACUGGCUGCAAAAGUCUGCAGAGCACGUGCUCGGCUGCGUCCUGUGCAGUCCUGGCUGUUUCAGUCUUUUCAGAGGAGCGGCACUCAUGGACGACAACGUCAUGAAGACGUACUCAACCAAAGCUUCUGAGGCCAGCCACUAUGUUCAGUACGAUCAAGGUGAGGACCGCUGGUUGUGUACUCUGCUGCUCCAGCAGGGAUGGAGGGUGGAGUACUGCGCAGCAUCUGAUGCCUACACAAACGCUCCGCAGGAUUUUAAAGAAUUUUACAACCAGCGCAGACGCUGGGGACCCUCAACCAUGGCCAACACCAUUGACCUUUUGGGCUCAGGAAGUUUGACUGCUGAGAAGAACAGCUCUAUCUCAAAAUUGUUCAUUUUGUACCAGGUUAUUAGCAUGGGAGCUUCUAUCUUGGGCCCUGCCACUAUCUGUCUGAUGAUAUCUGGAAGUUUCAUGUUCAUCUUUAACAUGGAAGGAAAUUGGGCCCUUUUUCUAGCUGUAGUGCCCCCUUUUAUCUACCUGAUACUGUGCUUCAAACUAAAGCCUGACACUCAGAUUACAAUUGGAGCAGUCAUGAGUGUACUGUAUGCAUUUCUCAUGGCAGGAACAAUUCUCUCCAUCCUAGGUGAUUUAAUAGUGCAGAACACUUUCAUUACUCCCAGUGGCCUGUUUCUCAUUAGCAUGGUGCUGUUGUAUUUCAUCACGGCUGCUCUACACCCUCAGGAGUUCACAUUGGUCAUCUAUGGACUUUUAUACUUCAUUUGCAUACCUAGUGGCUAUCUAGUGUUGGCCAUCUACUCCAUAGUCAACAUGAACAUUGUCACGUGGGGUACUCGCGAAAGCAGCGACAAGACUAAGGGUACAGCUGUCGAUACCAUCAAGAAGCACGUCAUGCGGGCUGCAUGUUGUAAAUGUCCGUGUUUGAAAUCUUAUCAAGUUAUGAAUGAGGACCAAGCAGCAGAAAGCAUAACAAUGACCGAAAAUCCACAAGUGGAAGUUCCAGUAGAAGCAGAAAGUGUAGCGGAGUGCUCAGUAGAUGCAUAUCAAACUUGGAUUGAACGUCUGCAGGAGAAACCUUUUAAUUUUCCAAUGCAAGAGGCUACACUUCCAACGGAGGAAAUUGAGUUUUGGACAGAGCUGCAGCUACGGUAUCUAGAGCCACUUAAAGAAAAUAAAGAGGAACAGGAAAAAAUUGCUAAUGAUCUAAUAGAACUAAGAAAUAAGGUGACAUUUGCCUAUUUCUUCUGCAAUGCACUUUGGUUGGUGGCAACAUUCGUCCUUCAAACUAUUGGUAGCGCAGUCUCCAUAAAGAUCCCAAAGAUUUAUCCGAAUGGGACUCAGUCCAAUACAGAAGUGCUUUUCAUUGAUCCUAUUGCACUGAUGUUUCUACUGGGCUUUGCGGCAUUGCUAAUACUACAGUUUUUUGCAAUGAUAUACCACAGAAUCUAUACGUUAAUCCAUUUCGUGGCGUAUGUGGAUACAUACACCAAAUCUUACAAGAAACGUGCCAAAGAUUUAAAAAAAUUACAGGCUUCACCAGUUUCAGAGUCAAUUGAGUCACAUGACCAAGAUGACCUAGACGACCAAGAUGAAGAAGAUUACCAUGAUGACCAAGAGGACCAAGAAUACCAAGAUGAAGAUUACGAUGAAGCUGAAAACAUUGAGUGAUGAAUGCCAUUUUGCACUGGACAUUUAUACUGUAUGUCCAUAAACUGUACUGUAUGUGUACUGCUUAUUUUGUUUCCACAAGUACCUUCAUCCCUUAUUGUUACCUACAAGGACAAAAAUGUGCACUGUGAAUUAACAAGAAAUAUGAAACAUAACCGAAAAUAUGAAGUAAAUACCCUUGCCAGGUUUUAUUUAUUUUGCCAUGAUAUAAUAUAUUAUUGUAAAUAAUAUGGUGAAGGUGAGAUGUUUUUUUAUAUUUAUAGUAUUUUACUUUUGCACUUAUAGCGUGAUCCCUGUUGUAAUUCCUAUUUAUUUUUUAUAUUGUAUACAAUUGUACCUUCACUGUUUAAAUGUUUAAAAAUGUUUAAAUGUUAAAUGAUAAAUCAAGCCAAUAAAACUUUGACUUGACUGUGACACUUUAAUCAGUAUUGAUGAUCUGACUGUGUGAUUUUGAUGAAUGUAAUGAAAUGUGUUAAAGAUGUUGAUGAAUGUUCUUGAAAACUGCUGUCUUUAUUUAUGUGUAAUAAAGAGAAAUGUGCAAUGUU